UUUUGAAGCUAAUUUGGAAAAAAGUAUGUAAAUACAUAAUAAGCCAAUCAAAAACGAUAUUGCGAUUUCUCCUUUCAGUUAUACUCCUCGGCGGUCAUAUAAUCGUUCAAUUCAGAGAGAGAGAGAGGAAUUGGAUCGGCGAUUGUUUUCCUAUUUUUUCUCCAUUUCCGAACGUAGCUCCGACCAGCGCCAUUAUGAAUGAGAAGGCCAACGUUACAAAGGAACUCAAUGCCAAGCACAGAAAGAUUCUGGAAGGACUCCUUAAGUUGCCAGAGAACAAGGAGUGUGCAGAUUGUAAAGCCAAAGGUCCUCGAUGGGCAAGUGUGAAUCUGGGGAUUUUCAUAUGCAUGCAAUGCUCCGGAAUCCACAGAAGUCUAGGGGUGCACAUUUCAAAGGUUCGAUCAGCUACUUUAGAUACAUGGCUUCCUGAACAAGUUGCAUUUAUUCGAUCAAUGGGAAAUGAGAAGGCAAAUAGUUAUUGGGAAGCGGAGCUUCCUCCAAAUUAUGAUAGAGCUGGUAUUGAGAAUUUCAUCCGUGCAAAAUAUGAAGACAAGCGGUGGAUCCCUAAGAAUGGGAAGGAAAAAUCAUUUUCCAAGGUUCAAGAAGAGUUGACCACAGUGCAACGGCGACAACGUUGUGACAGAACUGUCCAUGAACACGCUACUAAAUCCGGCGGUUCAUCCAAUGAGCGAUUAAGCAUACAACGCCCUAGCAUAAAGCAAGAUAUACCUUCUGCUAGAUUCAAUAUACCUCUGCCUCCAAAAGCGCCAGAGCAAGUACGUCAAACCUAUGUUCCAAACUCUGAAUCAUAUAGUUCAACUCAUGAAAAGGUAUCUUCGGGUGUGGUUCCUCAGCAGACAAGUCAGAAGACACAACCAAUUGCAGUCACUGAAUCUGCAAAGCAGGUCGCAGAAGUUGUCGAUCCUCCUAAAGUAGAUAUUGCUACUGAUCUUUUCGACAUGCUUUCUGUGGAUUCUCCAAAUGACAAUGGCGCAAAUUCUGCUUCUGUAGAUGAUAACUCGUGGACAGGUUUCCUGUCUGCUCAAGAAGAAAUACAAGCAGCGAAAACUGGUGUUGCAAAAUCUGAUCAUCGGAAAUGCCAAUCUGCUUCUGCAAUUGAAGAUUUAUUCAAGGAUUCACCAUCAUUGUCAUCAUCAAUUUCAACUUCUUCCUUGUCAGAGAAGCUUCCAAAAGAUGUCAAAAAUGAUAUCAUGAGCCUUUUUGACAAGUCCAAUACGGUGUCACCAUUUGCUAUGCAUCAGCAACAACUUGCCCAGCUAGCUCAACAACAGUCUCUUCUAGUGGCUGCUGCCGCUGCUAGUGGCGCUUUAAAAAUCCCUGUGGAUGUUCAACAAGGACCAAAUGGCUCCAAUAUAGUGAAUCAAAGUUGGCCAAAUGUAGGCUACCAGUUCCCUGGAAUGACGAUGCCAGCCAAUGGAAAGACUGAAUUGGAGAAAUAUUUGCAGGUGGGCACUGUGGGAGCAACACAUUUAGCUGGAAACUCUGUGCCACUUUCAACAUCCAGUGUUUACCCAACGGGACAGAAUUCUUCGGGCAAUGGUACAGUCUCCUCUGUACCGAGCAGAGAUGCAACAACCACACUUUCAUCAAGUUCUACACAAUCAACAAAAGAGUACGAUUUCUCGUCUUUGACUCAAGGCAUGUUCUCGAAACGCUGAAAAGUUUUUGAGGAAGUAUACUAGUUUUUGGAUUAUAGUAUAAAAAUAGAGUUACUAACAUGAAAAUAGCUAUUCGGAGGUCUCUGUGUUACUAGGAAAUUAUAGACUAUUGUAAAGAUACAAUGUUCAGCUUUCUAUGGAUGAGUUGAUCAAUAUCUGUAGGUAGAAUAAUAAGAUGUUGAAAUUGAAUGGAAUUUUGGUCCUUUCCCUUCUGA